AUGCUACGCCGUACAAGUCUUCUAGCAAAGCAUUAUAGGAAAUCAAUUCCUGGCUACUCGACUCAAUCUAGAUCAUUCUUUGGUAUUGGAGAUGUUCUGGGCGCAAUUGGCAAUCCAAAGGAAACACUUUCUCAGAUAACUGAAGCAAAGAAUGAGCUUGAAAAGGUUAAGAAUGAGCUUGUCGAAAUGGGAGAGAAAGUUCGUUUACCCCCGGUUAGGACUUUUGUGCGACAACCAAACUAUUUCUCGAGAAAGCUAGAAGAGGAUAGAGUACGCGCAAUGCUUGACUCUGAUGCUACGUUCACUGUUUUCUUUGGUGCUGCUUCUACUGGGAAAACGUGCCUGAUUCGGCAUGUGUUGACUGAUAACACAAAGUAUAUCGUUCUUCCGAUUGACUUGAGAAUUUCUGCAUUCACGGACCCUGCCACAUUUUACAUGUCCCUCUCAACACACUUGGAGGCAUUCUUCAACGAUGUCAGCGAAAGUGUUGACGGAUUCGAGGAGUUAGGACAUCGUCUCGGCUUAGGAUUUAAGCACGCGAGAAUUGAUGUCGAAAGAAGGGGCGUUCCUCCUUCGUCUACAGACAUAAGCAGACUGAUGGAGUUGUUCCAAAACGCUUUCCUGAACUAUUGGAACUACGAUCCCUCACUGACAGAAGAAGAGCGAAAGAAAUUAGAUAACCAAUCAACACUACCUGAACCUAAACAGAGAGUAACUUGUGGUAGCCCUAACAAGUUAAACAGAAAGAUACCAGUACUAUACAUUGACGAAGCACAUCGUCUGCCUCAACUGCUCGAUACAGAGCACUCCGGUACACUAAAAAUUAUUCUGGAUGGCUUAACAGUUCUAACCAAGCAAGAGAGGUUACUGCAUACCAUAUUUUGCACGUCUGAUUCUAUGUUUAUGUCAACGCUUGUGGAUUACAAUGUUUUAACACAUACACAGGUUCUACAUGUCACAGAUCCAUCGAAGGAUUCAAUUAGAUCCUAUUUGAAAGAUCAUCUACUCUUACAAAUUAAUCAAUCGCACCUCCAUCCCCACAUAAUUGAAAAUUUCGACAACAUUUACUCAAUCCUUGGUGGAAAGUACAUUCACUGGAAGGAUUACUUGCUUGGAGAUUGGCUACAUGAUGGUUUGAGUCUAACUCAAUCAAAGGUCGCUACACAUGCCAAAAUAUCUGUCGAAUCACAUCUCUAUCCAUCAUCUGGAUUGAGCACUCCACCGAAUACUCUUGCUUUGCUGCAUGAGAUUGCGAAAGCAACAGACGACAAUCCACUAGAUAUUUUUGAUGCAAGAAGGAGAUUUGGUCAAGAGGUGGUGGAUGCACUCUUGUGUAACAAGAUUUUAGAAGUUAGAUGGGGGAACGUUAUAAGUCGAUCAAAUUUCCUUGAGAAUGCGCACAUGAACCCCAAACUAGAUGGAAGCAUCUUCUGUGAUGGGAUGGGCGAUUAA